GAUCGUCAGAUUUAAAACUCUCGGCUUAGAAACAGUUUGAUGAUUUAACUGCAUCCUUGCCAAGAAGCUCAUAACGUUAGCUGAUAGAAGAUUCUAAACUUACUAUUGAGAACUGCAACUACAUAAGUUUAGACUUACAAGGAACAUCUAAAGGAUGAUUUGGUUACGUUUGAGCCUCAUGAUGUCAGGACAUUUCUUAACACUAACGACUGGUUUAAUCACAAUCAACUCCCAGUUAUUCUGUUUGAAUCCUGAAGUUCAACAAGAUCAAAUUCUUUCUUCAGUCGGUGUUCUUGAAAGUUUUCCUGUUAAGUCUUUGGCAGAGUGUGCUUUCUGGUGCCUUCAGCAUCAACAGGAAUGUAUAGCUUUCACUACUCAACAUUCUGGAACUGGCGCAUCAGACACACAAGAAUGUCAGUUGGGAAAGAAGAAACAGAUCACUGAAAGUGAUAUAACAUUUGACAAAUCUUUCAAGUACUACGAGAUUUGUUCGCUAGAUUCGAUUCCCAGUUAUAUGAUGGUUACAUCAGGAAGUGGUUCGAUCCCAAGCGGAGCUUCGAGAACAACCCAACUGCUCUCAACUACUCGGAUAGAUACUUCAUCAGGGAGUCCUACAACGACAGUAACAUACUCGUUAACAAAAAAGUCCUCAACAUCCUCGGCAACAGUAGAGUCCUCAACAUCCCCUGCAACAACAACAACGGUACAUUUUGUGACAUCAACAGAAUAUGCAGCAGCAGCAACCACACAAAAAGUGGCAUAUGAUCAACUGAAGGGAGUAGAUGCAGCUGCAACAAUGUACAUGAAGGUUCCACAAGAACAAUCGGAGUGGACAGUAACACACCUUCUUUUUUAUACAAAUAAAAUAUAUGCCUAUAGAAACUCGACCUUCAAUGACCAACCGUAUAUUUUAAGCUGGAUUGACAUAGCACCUACAGUUACACCCGAACCAUCAGGCGUGAAAGCUAUUAUCACUUCGGGAAAUAAUUAUCAUAUGUCUGUUUUAACGAAUGAUGAUAAAAUCAUUAAGCUUGGAUCAAAAUAUGAAGGUGGAUUUCAGGACGACAGUUUUUAUGGAACUGUUCCUUCUUCUCAAUGUCUCCUAACAUCUGACGUGCAGGCAUCCAUUGAUCACGAUGAUGACUUGAACACUUGCAUCUAUAUAAAACAAGACGCAGAAAACCAAAUGGUGUACGCUAGGGGAUACAAUGUGGAUCCGCUAUCCCAAGUUGUCCAGGAAAUAAUCAAUAAUAAUCCAGGUUCUCCAGUCACAGCAUCUAUCACUAUAGGACCGAUAUAUAAUAUUGGACAAAUUCUGCUUUUCAUGGGAACGAGGUACAUCGCGUUAGUGAAGUCUGAACAAACAUGGAUUAAAGCAGGCGAAAAUCAUGUAUAA